AUGGGCUUUAACGGGAUCUGGAGGGGUUGGAUUUAUGAGUGCCUCAAAUCGGCCUCCUUCUCGGUCAUGAUGAAUGGAGCCCCUUCGGGAUACUUCUCCCCUACUAGGGGGUUGCGGCAGGGCGAUCCUCUUUCCCCUCUCCUCUUUGUGCUUUGCACGGAAGGGUUUUCGGCCCUCUUACGAAAGGCCAUUGCGGAGAAGAAGCUUGAGGGGGUUAAAGUGGCUCCCCGGGCCCCUAGGGUUUCGCAUUUGUUCUUUGCCGAUGACUCGUAUUUGUUUUUACGAGGAACCCUACAGGAGUGCGAGAAUAUGAUGGUGGUCCUCAAUGAGUAUGAGGAAUUGAGUGGUCAGAGGAUAAAUUUGAAUAAAUCUGCUGUAUGCUUCAGUAAGAAUGUUGUGCGGGAGGACCAGGAGUUCCUGGCGGAGGUGCUGGGGGUGGGGGGCAGUAGGGGUACACGAUAA